UUGAAGUUCAUGGUUCCUACAAUGACCAAUAAUUUGGUUCACAAUCAAAUAUUUAUAGAUAAUUAGUAAUAUUUUAAUACAUAUGCGGGCUCUAGCUACUCGUUUUCCGUAAAACCGCAGGUUACUCUCUGGAUCUGCCCCUGAAUUCUGCAGUGAUUCUAAGAAAUUUCCUGAUAGAGAUCUAGCACAAAAGCAUCGUAUUAUGAACUGAAAUUUAUCCGUUUUACUUUAGGAGGUUUUAGAAGAAAUUUUCCUGAUAAAGAUCUAGAUGUGCAGAACAAAUAUUUUGAGGGUCGUGCUGAUUUGUAAAGAUGGAAAUGGAGAAAACAUGUGAAUUUUGCAUGUUAUUGAAGCCAGUGGUGUAUUGUGAGGCAGAUGCAGCACACCUUUGCCUUUCCUGUGAUGCUAAGGUUCAUUCAGCUAAUGCCCUCUCUAACCGGCAUCCUCGUACCCUUGUCUGUGAGCCCUGUGGAUUCAAUUUAGCUUAUAUUCAAUGUUCAGAUCAUCAAAUGUUCAUGUGUCGUGACUGUGACCGCCGCCAUCAUGAUGAUCUCUCUUCUCAACACCAGAGAAAAGUGAUCACUAGUUAUAUGGGGUCUCCUUCUGCAAAAGAUUUGGCAGCAUUAUGGGGUUUUGGCUUGAAAGAUUUGGAAAAUACUCCACCAGAUCAGUUCAUCUCAACAGCGAAUGGAAAAGUAAAUGGAGCUAAGGUCACUCCAAAAUUUGUUAAACGGUCUCACUCGUCAGCUGGAGGCUCAGCAAAAUCAGAAGUGGGAUCAACUAGUAACUACACUAAGGCGUUUUGCUUGCGUAAACGGCGGGAGAACACUUCUCUCAUUUUACAGCAGAUUCUUGACUUGGAAAGACUUCAGCUUACUGAGGGCACUAACAAUUUAACAAAUGGAGAAAGUAAAAAUAAUCUUUCUUCACUGAAAAAUGGUGCAUCGUGGGAUAUGCAUAACAAAUUUGAUCGCUUGCAGAAGUCACUUGAUCUUGGCCCUGAACUUCAGGAUUGGGGCAGUACUCAUGAGAGUUCAGUUGCUGAAUCUUUUCCAUUAUCGUUGCCUGAUGGAGAUUCGUUCUGGGAAUGUAAAAGUCCGGUUCAGAGUAGUCAGCUUUGGCCUCAAAAUUUGCAAGACCUAGGAGCUUAUGCUGAACUAGAAUGUUUCGACAAUUCCAAUAUGCCUGAUGUUGAUUUGACCUUCCAAAACUUUGAAGAACUCUUCGGUGAGGAGCAGGAUCUGAAUAACACACUGCUCAAGGAGGAUAUGACAUGCUCAUAUAUGAAUAACGAUUCACCGAUUGAUAGAUCAGAUUACAGCUAUGUCAAGAGGGUUAAGGACAUAUCAAUAGCUUCAUCGGCCCAUACAGGACAGUCAACUCACUUUGGCCAAGGCCACGGUGAGCACAUUCCCACAAUCAAGGAUUGUCCUCCGCCAAUUAGAACAAACUUUUCAUCGUUGUCCUUCUCUGCAUCGAGGCUGAGCAGUGAAAGCAGUGGUAAUGAGUACGUGGAUUCACCCACUGCCAACGAGCAGGAGGUUUCAUGUAAUUCACAGAUUGACAGUAAAGAGAAUCUAUUAGCAAUGCACAAAGAAAAAAAGAAGGCUCGGCUGUAUGAGAAACAAGCACGGAAUACACCUCGACGAGCUAGGACUAACUUAAAAAAGCAGCCCAUAAGAGGGAGGGUCCUAAAGGCUCACAGUUAUGAAUCAGAUGCAGUUACUAUGUCCCGAAGCUUAAGUUUCCCUGGUUGAAUGUGUGAUAGUUGUGUACAUACCAUCAAGCAUCACUCAGUAACUCAAGAAUAUCUUUCCGAACAUCUGUUGUAUGGCGCUCCUGUUAAUUCUUUCUUCUUUACCUUGUGUAAUGCCUAAUUUUGUGUUCUAAUAGAAAAUGGGAUGAAUUUAUCCUGUCUUUCAUGU